AUGGAUCGCCUGAAAGUGAAACGUGCCAGCCGUCGUACACAAACAACGAAGCUCAUCAACGACGCCACGGCUGCGCUGAACGAUGGAUCUACCAGAUUGGAUGUGAUCAACAGCCUACUGGAACGACUCACAGUAAGUCACAGUGACUUGACUACUCUCAACAAAGAGGUAGAACCGCAUGUGCGAGAGGAGGAACUCGAGAGCGAGUACGUCACUGUAAUGGACUAUGAAGACAGAGCGACGGAAACGAUUGCCAACCUGCGUUGGAGACUGUCGCAAUCACAGACGUCGCCGUCUCCACCGCAGCUUUCUAACGUACAGACAGACGUAUCAAGAACGCCGCAUGCCCCACGUCCUGGAGUGAAACUUCCUAAGCUUAGCCUAGAGCAAUUUCGUGGAGACCUCUCUGAUUGGCAAGGGUUCUGGGAACAGUUCAGAACAACGGUUCACGACAACGAGGGGCUAAGCAAGAUCGAAAAGUUCCACUAUCUCCGUUCGCUACUGCAUGGUCCAGCAGCUGGAGCUAUCGCCGGCUUGCAGACGUCGGAGGCAUCAUACGACGACGCGGUGGAAAUCCUUACACAGCGUUUUGGUGACCGCGGGCGGAUAGAAAAACAAUAUCUCUCUAAGCUCCGCAACCUAUCGGCCGUUACAUCAGCAGAUGACAUAUAUGGACUGCGUAAGCUAUACGACAACGUACAGAUGAACGUCCGUGGUCUCCGAUCCCUGGGAGUUUCCAGCGCGAACUAUUCUGCUAUGCUGUCUGAAAUCCUAUUGUCGUCACUCCCUACGGACAUUGUAGUGGAAUACCAUCGCUCUACAAAUCGUAAACAGCAGGACGAGGACAGCUCCGAAUCAAACUCAACGCACGGCGCUUCGGACGCAUCGACGGACGCCACAUCCGAGGCCACGAGAGAACUAAACAAUAUACUUCGUUUCUUUCGGAUCGAGGUAGAAAGUCGAGAACGCAGCGGAUUGGCUCCAGAUAGAAAGAAACCUUCCAUAGCGCCCAAGAAACGACAGGGCUUCAACCACCGCAGUACGCCUUCGGCCGCGGUACUACACAGCGCCUCAGUUCCUAAGUACGGCUGCCUCUUUUGUUCGGAUUCUGCGCAUACAACGGAGAGCUGUACUGGACCACUUCCCCUGGAUCUGCGGAAGAAGAGGCUGGCUGAUGAUCGACGCUGUUUUCGGUGUACUAAACGAGGUCACAGUGCUAAAGAAUGCCGAGGAAAAAUGCGUUGUCAGAGAUGUGGUGGGAGGCAUGCGGUGGCGAUGUGCGACCCAUCCUGGACGACCCCUAAGAAAAACGCGGACGGUGCAACAGCUACUAUGCUGGCAGCUGAAGACACCCCUGCGGAGAGUAACACUGUGCUGCUGCAAACUUUCCGCAGUUGGGUCAUGGGCGACCAUAAAUGCUCGUACAUACGGGGCGUAAUUGAUGGAGGCAGUCAGCAGACCUUUAUCCGAAAAGAUGUGGCCGACAAACUUCGCCUCAAUGUGCUAGGCAACAUCACAGUGAGCCUUAACACUUUUGGCAGUACUACCGCCACUCAACAACGACAACGAUGCAAUGUAGUGGAAGUCCGGUUGCGGAGUCAGUUCGCACCAUCGGAAUUUACUGUGCAAGCUGUCACCGUACCCUUCAUCUGCCGUGACAUUUGCAAAACUACAAUGGAAGACGAACUCGCUCGGGCCAUACGUGCGGAUGGUGGCUACAUAGCUGACGAACUGCUGUUCCCCGACAUACCCACUGAGUCCGGUGUUUCUCUGCUGUUGGGCUGCGAUCAACUCUGGAAUCUCACUACCGGAAAAAUUAAACGCAGCACAUUCACCGGAGGACUGGUUGCCAUCGAGACAAGGCUGGGCUGGACUUUCCAGGGCCCCAUGUCUACAUAUAGCUGCACAUCAGACUCGAACGCUAUGAUUUGUGUGUUGAAGGCAGGAGUACACCUACAAGAGGAAACAGCCACUUCGCUUCGCACCUUGCGGGAGCUGGAGGGCAGCGGUAUCGCUGACGAACCCGAAAGCGACCGUGAAAUCGACGACCGUGUAUGGGACGACUUCCAGCAAAAUGUCACAAUGCAAGAGGGGCGAUACGUCGUUGCACUGCCUUGGAAGUCCGCUGAAUGCCAUCUUCAUGACAACCGCGAGGUGGCCCAGGGCCGACUGGUAAGACUCGUUCGUCGCUUGGAGAAAGAGAGAGCUCUCGAUGAAUACGAUCGAGCUAUCCGCAGCUACCUGGACAACGGACAUGCCGAAAGGGUUCCGGUCGAAACGUCUGAGGACGAUCGGACAUAUUACAUGCCUCACCGAGCCGUUGUUCGACUGGAUUCAAAGUCCACGAGCGUGAGAGUAGUGUUCGACGCGUCUUCUCAUGCGCCCGGGGAACUGUCGCUCAAUGACUGUUUGGAAAGGGGACCAAAACUGAACACGGACCUGGUCCCCAUCCUAUUGCGUUUCCGCAUGUACAACGUGGCAGUCAUAGCCGACAUCAAGAAGGCCUUCCUCCAGGUUUCUGUCAACCAGCAGGACCGUAACGCUCUGCGCUUCCUCUGGUUCUCGCGCUCUCCAGAGGAAGGUCAGCCACUCCCUAAUGUUGAAGAAUGGAGGAUGACCAGGGUGCCAUUCGGCACCAAAGCAAGUCCGUUCCUGCUAGGAGCUACUCUCCGUCACCAUCUGAGCAGCAUCCAGGGACCGGACCAGGAGAUCGCCAAAACAAUUGCCAGCUCAUUCUACGUGGACGAUCUUCUCGCCGGCGCAUCUACACCUGAGGAGGCGAGGAACCUCGUCGACGCGACGAGCCGGAUAAUGAGCGCAGCUGGAAUGGAACUGAAAAAAUGGGCAUCGAACUCGACUGACCUGCAAAACUACUUCGAUGACCAGUUUUCGGAGGUGCCAGAGACACAUCGGGCGAUAACGACUGAAGAGGUGACAAGAGUUCUUGGGAUCACCUGGGACAGAAAAAGCGACACUUUGACGUUCACGGGUAACAACAUCCUGGACGCUCUGCACCCGUCUCACAACACCAAACGAUGCGUGCUGCAAGCUGCUUCGAGGGUGUUCGAUCCACUGGGGCUCAUCGCACCGUUUACAAUAAGAGCAAAACUACUGUUCCAGCGUCUCUGGGAGAGAAGCAUCGACUGGGAUGAACAACUACCGGUUGACCUACGUCAAGAAUGGUGCGCCUGGCGUUCGGAGCUGCUUGAUGUACUCAGUAUCUCAAUCGACCGUCACUUACAACGAGAUCUGGAUGGCCCGAACACUCUACAGCUCCACGUAUUCGCAGACGCCAGCCCACUAGCCUAUGGAGCAUCUGCCUACCUGCGGGUCGAGGACAGUGCUGGCAAUACACAGGUCAACCUACUUUUCGCCAAGACCCGUGUUGCUCCUCUGAAGAAAUUGACACUCCCAAGACUAGAGCUACUGGGCGCACUUAUCGCGGCCAGAACAGCAGAUUUUCUUAAAGAAGGACUCCGAGUGGGCGCUCUUCCGGUCUAUUUCUGGACGGACUCAUGUAUAGUGCUGCACUGGAUCAAAGGAUCUGCGGCGAGAUGGAAGCCAUUCGUCUGCAACCGCGUAAACGAAAUUCAGUCCAUCUGUAACCCCGACGACUGGCGCUACUGUCCAGGGAAGGAGAACCCUGCUGAUUGCACAACCAGAGGAAUGACCGUCGAAGCGCUCAGAGCCUGUGCCGCUUGGUGGCACGGACCUGACUGGCUCAGACGGGGCCUUGAGAGUUGGCCAGAUGUCGAGACCCGGCCCGUGCCGCACAGCGAAAUGGACGACGAGGCACGUCGUCCCUCGGCUACAGUCAUUCAGGUAGUGGUCGUUCCCCAGGCCCCUCUGCUAAAGCUUGAAGACUUUAGCCGCUUUUCGAGAGUUCUCCGUGUGACAGCUUGGGUUAUGCGCUUUAUCAACAAAUGUCGUAAAGUUUCACCGGAGGCUUCCCCGUGGCUUACAGCCGAGGAGAUAACGACUGCGGAGACGUUCUGGGUGAAACGAGCACAAAGAGACAGUUAUGCUCCAGAAAUUGAUCGUCUCGAAGAUGGAGCCGCUGUUCCCUCGACAUCCAAGAUAGCCGACCUGCAACCCUUCCUCGACGAGGAGGGCAUCAUGCGUCUGAAAGGUAGGCUGCACUACGCAAACGAAGAAGAACAUGUAAAACAUCCCAUCAUCUUGGCAAAGGAUCACCGUCUCGCGUAUAUGAUCGCGGAAGCCGCGCACUACCGCACACUGCACGGAGGAGUGCAAGCCACUCUCAACGAACUACGAGAGAGGUGGUGGAUCACGCGUGCUCGACAGCUGGUGAAAAGAGUCAUUUUCAAGUGUCAAGUUUGCCUUCGUUUCCGUCUAGAGCCAGCGGCUGCACCCACAGCUCCACUUCCGGCGGAUCGCACACACCGCUGCCAUCCUUUCGAAGUUGUCGGUAUCGAUUUUGCCGGACCGCUCUUCACCAAGUCACACGAAGGAUCUAACAAAUCCUACAUCGCUUUAUUCACCUGUGCGACGACGAGGGCGAUACACCUGGAGCUGGUGUCCGACCUAACCGCGGCGUCGUUUAUGCUCGCUUUUCGAAGGUUCAUUGCACGAAGAGGACUUCCAGCGACAAUAUAUUCCGAUAACGCGCUCACUUUCAAACGUGCCUCCAGGGAGAUCCAAGCUCUAUGGAAGAUGCUACGUCAAAGGGAGACCCAGGAUUUCAUUGCCACGCAGAGGGUGAAAUGGAGAUUUAUCGUGGAACGUGCAGCGUGGUGGGGUGGCUGGUGGGAGCGGCUAGUCCGUACCGUUAAACAGUCUCUCCGAAGGGUGCUCGGACGACAAACGCUGACCUUCGAGGAACUCGAAACCGUCCUACUGGAUGCUGAGGCUGCCAUAAACUCUCGUCCGCUCACAUAUCUAGAAUCAAGACCGACGGAGCCGGACGCUCUCACACCGGCCCACCUGCUCAUCGGACGACGACUGACCGCACUUCCCGAUCGACCUGCAUCCCGACCGGAAAGUUCGUCCGCCGAUUCAGUUACCCGACGAUGGUUACAUAGCCAGAAAGUGGCAGACCAGUUUUGGCAACGCUGGCGAAAAGAGUAUAUGCUACAACUAAGGUCUGCGCAUCACUCUUCGGUUUCCGGUGGACACACGAUCCAGAAAGGGGACUUGGUGCUGCUACACGAAGACAAGGUCCCGCGACACGUGUGGAGAGCUGCACGAGUCACCGAGCUUCAUUAUGGGAGAGAUGGACAAGUUCGCGCGUGCGAAAUUCUACUUCCCUCAGGAAGGAUUACAAGGCGACCUGUUCAGCACCUCUACCCCAUCGAGACAGACUUUGAAAGGAGUUAA